AUGCAUUUCAGGGCGCAGCGGGCGGUUUCAGGGCGGGGCGAAAUGUGCCGAACGGCAGCUUCGAAACCCUAUAGAAGGGAGGUUUUGGGGCUGAAGCUGGAACAGUUUCGCAACCCUUGGCGCAAAGGGCGGAAGCUGCAGCGGAAGAUUUCAGGGCGUAGCGGAGGGUUCCAGGGCAGGGAGAAACGUGCCGAACGGCCCUAUAGAAAGGAGGUGUUGAGUUUUGGGGCUGAAGCUGCCUUGGCACAAGGGGCUGAAACUGCAGCGAUGCCAGGGGCCACCUGGAGCAAGCUGGCACAGGUGGCAAAGCUGGCACAGCUGGCAGACUGGUCACCUGUUGAUGUGGGGCCUGCGGAGCCUGGCUACUUUUCGCAAAGUUGCUCAUCCUGCAAGGUUUCUGGACUUCGAUCUGGUUUUGCUUAUGAAGCUCGGGUGACCUACAUUUCCUCAUGUUCCUGUCGCUCAGAGGCUUCUGAUGCAUCAGCACCUUGUGCUCCAUGUGGUGAAUACCGCGUGCCAAGAGACCCAUCGUUUCCACAAGUGCCAGUGGCACCUGUGGCACCUGUGGCGCCAGUGGCACCAGUGGCGCCAGCUGGUCGAGCCAAAAUGGGCCAAAACCAAAACCAAAGUUAUCCUGGACUCUCAACUCCUACUUGGCGUUGUGUCCAUGGAGCGGUGGUGCCUCCGCCAUCAGUGCCUGAAGUGCUGGCUGGAGAUGAGGCUGGUUUCUCUGUAGCAGUCCGCUGGCCUUCAGUUGGGCAUGCUGCUGCUUACGUGAUUGAGUUCAAAGAGGCUGGUUCAACCCAAACAGAGCGCUUUGUACGAGCUGCAGCUCCCACUACUCCUGGUACCCUUGUUGAAUUGAGAGUUGGAGGUCUACGACCAGUGCCUGGAAGGAGCUACAUUGCACAGGUCCGGUGUGUUGCCCAGUGUGGGUGUGAGUCUGCUCCGUCAAGUCCAGCUUACUCGCCAACGAUUGGCAAUGGCUCGUCAGAAGGCUCCCCUGGAGGUCUGAUUCCGACGUGGAACAACCCCGAUCAGCAGGCCAGCACAUCGGGCACAGUCGGCACAGUCCAAAUGCCAAGUGGCUUUGCAUUUUCUGGAAAUUGGUCAAGUGGCCCGGGACCCAUGGCAGAUGCUUCACCACUAUCUGUGCACAUUGCAAACUCUCCAGAUGGAAGCCGCACACAUGGUGCUGAAACCACUUUGGAAGCUGCCCUUCAGGACAUGCCUUCAGACCUACAAAAGUCUGCACCACUUAUUCCACCUCCUGAAGGACCACCAGGUACCAAGGCCUUCCUGCAGGAUUUCGGAGAGAAGGCAAUCCAGAAGGAAUUGCCUCCGGAGGUCACUGGCCAGGAAGAGUGCCUUAUCCUAGAUUGA